AUGUCAACCUUCAACACACCCCGUACAACGCCAACACGCGUCUCGUCCCGCAAGACGACGCCAUCACCCGUCUCGGUCCCCGCCCCAAACCUUCCCCUCCCGCGUCUGGUCUCGCCCCGCCGCACACGUACUCGCCACAUGCGCAAUGACCCUACAAACUGCGGCCUCUACCCCGUCACUGAGACGGACGAGGACGACGCCCCCUCCCGCUGCCCCUCUCUGUUCUACGCUCCUACCUCGCCAGGAUCCGAGACACACCGCUCUUCGCUCGUCUACACACCAUGUAAUGACGACCACGACCAAGACCCCUUCGAGGACUACACCUUCUCUCCCGUGUCGGACACGUUCUUCGACGACCCGGCCACCAAGGCUCCUCGCGCCCUCCGUUCCCCAAUCCGCACUCCCAUUACUCCCAUGUCGCGCGUCCCCCGUGUCCCCAACUGCGCACCAUACCAGCAGCGAGUCCUUCUCCCCGCACUCCCCAUCCUCGCACCCUGCCAGCAGCGCCCAGCUCCUCCGUCCCCACCAACGCCUGGCACACCCAUCACCCCAACAACCCCCGGCAUAAUGAGUGCCAACCUCGUCAGCGCGCUGCGCGACCUCCUCACUACCUGCAGCGAGUACAAGUUGGACGGCGGUAUGUUUGCGGACGCCGACGACAUUGUUCCUGGACAAUUCGACGACGCUGUGUCCCCCAAGCCAUCAUCCCCCACGUUACUCGCCCAACCCACUUUGGCCUUCUGCCCUCUGCCAACCGUCCCUCCUCGCACCCCACCACCAAAGCACGCGACGUGCAUCGAGGAGCUCCUCCUAGCCCCCCGACAGACGCGCGGGCCAAGAGAGCCACUCGCUCCCGGCCUGGAGGGUGACCACUCUGUACUGGCUGGCAUGGCAGCCGCGGCGCGUGCCGACCGCCCCGCCGCCGAGGCUGCAGCGUACGAGGACCUCGCGCCUUCGUUUCCGUCACUCACUUCGAUGUCGACCGCGUCGUCUGCGUCGUCUCUCAGCUCGCUGUGCGGGAUGACGUCGGGCAUGACCAUGAUCCCUCGACCACCAGUCACGCCGCCCCAGCGCAAGCCUACAGUCUCUAGCCGCCGCCUGCUUCGUUCUCCACUGCCCGUCUGGUCUUAA